AUGUCUGCAUGGAAAUCAACGCGGAACUGUUCAAAAGCUGAAGAGGGAUACACAAGUUCUUCUCAAAAUAUGGCAAUAUACAAAUAUGUUGUUAAAAUGAAUAAACAAUUGAAAAACAAUAUCAAGUGGAUCUUAGAAGAAAUUCGAGGGGGAAAAGAAAUUUUAAGGAUAGUUAGUCUAUUGAAGAAUGAUUUCAAAGGAACAUGUGCAAAACCUGCAAGAGAUUGUACAGAGCUUAAGAAGUACAACAAACAAUCCGGUGUAUACAAAAUAAGUGCAGGAAAUUCUAAGGCUCUUAAGGUUUACUGUGAUAUGACAACUGACGGAGGUGGUUGGUCGAUAAUUCAGAGACACCAAGAUGGAAACGUUGAUUUCCAACGAACAUGGCCAGAAUAUGAAAAUGGGUUUGGAAAUUUAGAAGGUGACUACUGGUUAGAAUGUCAAAUCCUACCAAAAAGUCUUGCACAACAAGAAUCAAGGUGUGGGGUAGUUCCACCUAUAUGA